GCCUCUGCAUUCUUCCCGGGACUGCCCCCAGAUCCCCCUCGGUUAGAGAGCUGCGGCCCGUCAGCCACCGGCGUGGAAAAGAAGCCGCACGGCCCCUAGCGCCUCUCCGGCGACCUCCUCGCGGGCUAUGUCCCCAGCGGGCCGGCGUGGUAUGCUCUGAUCGCCGGGGUCCCUGCUCUCCUACAGCUAUGGGAUCCGGGAGACGACGUGAGACGACGGCCGCGCCGUUGCUGGUGGCCGUGGCCGCGUUGCUGGUGGGCGCAGCUGGCCACCUGUACCCUGGAGAGGUGUGCCCUGGCAUGGACAUCCGGAACAACCUGACCCGGCUGCAUGAGCUGGAGAACUGCUCAGUUAUUGAGGGCCACCUGCAGAUCCUCCUGAUGUUCAAAACCAGGCCCGAAGACUUCCGAGACCUCAGUUUCCCCAAACUCAUCAUGAUCACAGACUACCUGCUGCUUUUUCGUGUCUAUGGCCUGGAGAGUCUAAAAGACCUCUUCCCCAACCUCACAGUCAUCCGAGGCUCCCGCCUCUUCUUCAACUAUGCCCUGGUCAUCUUUGAGAUGGUCCACCUGAAGGAGCUGGGGCUCUACAACCUCAUGAACAUCACCCGGGGCUCUGUCCGCAUUGAGAAGAAUAACGAGCUCUGCUACUUGGCCACUAUUGACUGGUCCAGGAUCCUGGAUUCAGUGGAGGACAACUACAUCGUGCUGAACAAAGAUGACAAUGAGGAAUGUGGUGAUGUCUGUCCAGGCACUGCCAAGGGCAAGACCAAUUGCCCUGCCACCGUCAUCAAUGGGCAGUUUGUGGAACGGUGCUGGACACACAGUCAUUGUCAGAAAGUUUGCCCGACCAUCUGUAAGUCACAUGGCUGCACAGCUGAAGGCCUGUGCUGCCACAAGGAGUGCUUAGGCAACUGUUCGGAACCCGAUGAUCCAACCAAGUGUGUGGCUUGUCGCAACUUCUACCUGGAUGGUCGGUGUGUGGAGACCUGCCCACCCCCCUACUACCACUUCCAGGAUUGGCGAUGUGUGAAUUUCAGCUUCUGUCAAGACCUUCACUACAAAUGCAGGAACUCUAGGAAGCCUGGCUGUCACCAAUAUGUCAUUCACAACAACAAGUGCAUUCCUGAGUGUCCUUCUGGCUAUACCAUGAAUUCCAGCAACUUGAUGUGUACCCCAUGUCUGGGACCCUGUCCUAAGGUCUGCCAGAUCCUGGAUGGCGAGAAGACUAUUGACUCUGUGACAUCUGCCCAGGAGCUCCGAGGCUGCACUGUGAUCAAUGGCAGCCUCAUCAUCAACAUUCGAGGGGGCAACAAUCUGGCGGCUGAGCUGGAGGCUAACCUUGGCCUCAUUGAAGAAAUUUCAGGGUUCCUAAAAAUCCGGCGUUCCUAUGCUCUAGUAUCGCUUUCUUUCUUCCGGAAGCUCCAUCUGAUUCGAGGAGAGACCUUGGAAAUCGGGAACUAUUCUUUCUACGCCUUGGACAACCAGAACCUCAGGCAGCUCUGGGACUGGAGCAAACACAACCUCACCAUCACUCAAGGCAAGCUCUUCUUCCACUACAACCCCAAACUCUGCUUGUCAGAAAUUCACAAGAUGGAAGAAGUUUCCGGAACUAAGGGCCGCCAGGAGAGAAACGACAUUGCCCUGAAGACCAAUGGGGAUCAGGCAUCCUGUGAAAAUGAGUUACUUAAAUUUUCUUUCAUUCGGACAUCUUUUGACAAGAUCUUGCUGAGGUGGGAGCCCUACUGGCCCCCUGACUUCCGAGACCUCCUGGGAUUUAUGCUCUUCUACAAAGAGGCCCCUUAUCAGAAUGUGACGGAAUUUGAUGGGCAAGAUGCUUGUGGUUCCAACAGCUGGACUGUGGUGGAUAUUGACCCACCCCAAAGGUCCAAUGACCCCAAGUCUCAGACCCCAAGCCACCCUGGGUGGCUAAUGCGAGGUCUCAAGCCCUGGACUCAAUAUGCCAUCUUUGUCAAGACCUUGGUUACCUUCUCUGAUGAACGCCGGACCUAUGGAGCCAAAAGUGACAUCAUCUAUGUGCAGACAGAUGCCACAAAUCCUUCUGUCCCCCUGGACCCCAUAUCCGUUUCUAAUUCUUCAUCUCAGAUUAUCUUAAAGUGGAAGCCCCCCUCCGACCCCAAUGGCAACAUCACACACUACCUGGUCUACUGGGAGAGGCAGGCAGAGGACAGUGAGCUGUUUGAGUUGGAUUAUUGUCUCAAAGGGCUGAAGCUCCCCUCACGGACCUGGUCUCCACCUUUUGAAUCGGAUGAGUCUCAGAAGCAUAAUCAGAGCGAGUAUGACGACUCGGCCAGUGAAUGCUGCUCAUGCCCCAAGACUGACUCUCAGAUACUGAAGGAGUUGGAGGAAUCCUCAUUCAGGAAGACCUUCGAGGAUUACCUGCAUAACGUGGUGUUUGUCCCCAGGCCAUCCCGAAAACGAAGAUCCCUUGAAGAGGUGGGGAAUGUGACAGCCACCAUGCCUGCACUUCCAGAUUUUCCCAACAUCUCCUCCACCGUUGUGCCCACGAGUCAGGAGGAGCACAGGCCAUUUGAGAAAGUGGUGAACAAGGAGUCACUUGUCAUCUCUGGCCUGAGACACUUUACUGGCUACCGCAUUGAGCUGCAAGCCUGCAACCAAGAUUCCCCAGACGAGAGGUGCAGUGUUGCUGCCUACGUCAGUGCCCGGACCAUGCCUGAAGCUAAGGCAGAUGACAUCGUUGGCCCUGUGACCCAUGAAAUCUUUGAGAACAAUGUGGUACACUUGAUGUGGCAAGAGCCAAAGGAGCCUAAUGGUCUGAUUGUGCUGUAUGAAGUGAGCUACCGGCGUUAUGGUGAUGAGGAGCUGCACCUCUGUGUCUCCCGGAAGCAUUUUGCCCUGGAGCGGGGCUGCAGGCUUCGAGGGCUCUCCCCAGGGAACUACAGUGUUCGAGUCCGGGCUACUUCCCUGGCAGGCAAUGGCUCCUGGACAGAACCCACCUAUUUUUAUGUGACUGAUUAUUUAGAUGUCCCAUCAAACAUUGCCAAAAUUAUCAUUGGGCCUCUCAUCUUUGUCUUCCUCUUCAGUGUUGUGAUUGGAAGUAUUUAUCUGUUCCUGAGAAAGAGGCAGCCAGAUGGGCCAAUGGGACCAUUGUAUGCAUCUUCAAACCCUGAGUACCUCAGUGCCAGUGAUGUGUUUCCUUCUUCUGUGUACGUGCCGGAUGAGUGGGAGGUGCCUCGAGAGAAGAUCACCCUCCUACGAGAGCUGGGGCAGGGAUCCUUUGGUAUGGUGUAUGAGGGCAAUGCCAAGGAUAUCAUCAAAGGCGAGGCAGAGACCCGAGUUGCUGUGAAGACUGUCAAUGAGUCAGCCAGUCUCCGAGAACGGAUCGAGUUCCUCAACGAGGCAUCAGUCAUGAAGGGAUUCACCUGCCAUCAUGUGGUCCGCCUCCUUGGAGUGGUGUCCAAGGGCCAGCCAACACUGGUAGUGAUGGAAUUGAUGGCUCAUGGAGACCUCAAGAGUCACCUCCGUUCUCUGCGACCAGAUGCUGAGAAUAACCCAGGCCGUCCUCCUCCUACCUUGCAAGAAAUGAUUCAGAUGACAGCAGAAAUUGCUGAUGGCAUGGCAUACUUGAAUGCUAAGAAGUUUGUGCACCGGGACCUGGCAGCUCGGAACUGCAUGGUUGCUCAUGAUUUUACCGUCAAAAUUGGAGACUUUGGAAUGACAAGGGAUAUCUACGAGACAGAUUACUAUCGGAAAGGGGGCAAGGGCCUGCUGCCUGUGCGGUGGAUGUCACCCGAGUCCCUGAAGGAUGGAGUCUUUACUGCUUCUUCUGAUAUGUGGUCCUUUGGUGUGGUCCUUUGGGAAAUCACCAGCCUGGCUGAACAGCCUUACCAAGGCCUGUCAAACGAACAGGUGUUGAAAUUUGUCAUGGAUGGAGGCUAUUUGGAUCCACCUGAUAACUGUCCAGAGAGACUGACUGACCUGAUGCGCAUGUGCUGGCAGUUCAACCCCAAGAUGAGGCCAACCUUCCUGGAAAUUGUCAACCUGCUCAAGGAUGACCUCCACCCUAGCUUUCCAGAAGUUUCCUUCUUCUACAGCGAAGAGAACAAGGCUCCUGAGAGCGAGGAGCUGGAGAUGGAGUUCGAGGACAUGGAGAAUGUCCCGUUGGAUGGGUCCUCUCACUUUCACAGGGAAGAGGCUGGGGGCCGGGAGGGAGGGUCCUCUCUGAGCAUUAAACGGACCUAUGACGAACACAUCCCAUACACCCACAUGAACGGGGGCAAGAAGAAUGGGCGCGUGCUCACACUACCCAGGUCCAACCCUUCCUAACAGUGCCUGUCGGGGAAGGAUUCUUUCUUUUUUAAAACUCUUCUAUAGUUUGACCGCCUCCAGGAAACUCAGGAUUAUCAGGACUCCAUCCAGAUGUGAAACUGAGCUCAGAGAUAGUUCAUACACGUUUCUGUUUGUCUGUUGACCUAAGUAUACAGGUGUGAUUGCCAACUCCACAGGCCUGUGGAGGGCUAACUGUGAACCUAGAGGGGUUUGGCUUUCCACGGCCACACCCCCUCCCCCAUCCAGGUUUCAAACCAGGAUUUUAUUAUUGUUGUUGCUACUUUCCUCAUAGACUGAGAUAAUGCACCUGUUUGUACAGGGAUUUUUCUUUUCUUGCUAGUGUCUGAGUUACAGUUAGUUGUGAAAGACAGAGUUUAUUUAUGGAGCACAAGUCAGUAAGCAAAGGGGAGACAGACAGAAAAACAAACAAACAAACACCCAACCCACAGAACCCUGUUCUAGAAUUAUGUGCUUUGCAGGGUUGGGUUUGAAAAGGUUUCGUUAAUCUGAGAGAAGGAUUUUAUUUUAUUUUAGAAUUUUUUUUUCUCUCAUUUACAAAAUCAGUUCCUCAAAUUGACCAAUAGCUGCUGCUUUUGUAUUUUAUUUUGAGAAAGGGUGUGUAGUACUUAGAGUGGACUCAUGUUCACACCUGUGUUUGCUUGUGUGUGUGUUGUGUCCAGGCUAGAGAUCACAGGGUGGGGUGGGGGUUGUGUGUGUGUAAAAUAGUAUCUGGACUGAUGCUUGGGGAAUUGGCUCAUGAAGCUCCUGCCGCUUGGAGUGGGUGACCCCUCCUUUUUUCUUCCUUCUCACUAACUCAGCAUCUGUUUGUGUCCUCCAGAGAUGCUCCUCAGUCAUGUCAGAAGUCUUGCUCAGGUGUCUUCUUUCCCUCCCUUUGACAAUGUUUUCUGAAAACUGAGGGAGGACCGUUUGGUCUGGAUUCAUCAAGAGUGUUUGGAAGACCAAACAAAGCCAAGGACACACAGACACACACAUAUACACACACCAUGGAAGUAGAAAGAAGUCAGAUGACAAUUAUGAGACUAUAUAUGUAACAUAUUUAAUGUUUAAGGAAUCUCUGGCAUGAGCCUAAUAAAUUAUUGUUUCCUUGGGGGCAGGAGAAAUAGUGGGCACACCUGCCUCUGUGGGGAGACAGGAAAUGCAGGAGUGGCCUCUGUGUUUGGUCUUCAAAGCACACAUUUCUUCUGGGAAUUAUACCACAUUAGCUGCUAGCCCUUCAGGACACAGUGAGGUCUUGCAGAGUAUAUGGGAAACUGGAUUUUUUUUGACUGGUUCUGCUAGCAAGAUGGACUGGAUGUUUCUUGCUUGGUGGUUAUCUGGAGUUGAGCUGGCCUUCCAGAGCACCUGUGUUCAUCUUUGGGUUUUUUUUGCUUGUGUACCUCACCUCUCCAAGGCCUACAUGUUGCUCAAUCAUUGUAUAAACAUGCAAACUCAUCCCAAAGACCAACGACACAGAUGGACUUUGAGAACACUAAGCAAUAUAUAAGGAGAUGCAUCCUUGGGAUGGCUGUUGGUUUCCUCCACCCUUGGGGCAUCAGCUAUUCUCCACACUAAACCCCACAGCUGCUCUUGGUGCCCAGGGACCUCAGCUCGGGCCGGUGUGGUGCCUGAGUCUAUUUCUCAGGUGCUUAUGUUGCAGUCCCUGGAGACUAUAGUCUGGAGGAGACAACAUCAGACUUUCUUCCCAUCGCCAAGAACUUGUGAAAGAUUGUGAACCCACAGCUUCUUCUUGUUGCAUAAAGCCACAGCUGCUCAAGUAAAAGAAGCAAACAACCAUGGUGAACUCAUGAAUCGGGGCUCAAAAUCCUCCCACACAUUCUUCCCUGCGUGCAUUUCCCCACAAAUAUUUGAUACCUUUCUUCUCCUCUAGGAGAUGUGAGAUGAAGACACAAUGUCCACCCCAAAAUCCUCUUAAAUAUUGGUUGAAAACCUAAGUAGGCACAAAUUCUGAUUGCCAGUUGCUGUCAAAUUUAUAUUAGAAAAGUGACAGAUGUAAAAAUGUUACCAGGGAACUCAGUGACUGGUACAAGAAGCCAGAGUCACAGUCGUUUUCACCCAAAUCACUUUGUAAAUAGAGGGUCUGUGUAUCAAUGGAAGACAUGUAGGUCUGAUAUUUGUUGUUUAUUUUUCCUCUUUACAGUAAAUUUGUAGUGGUCAGAUGCUACACUAGCAGGAAUUUCCACAUUUUUCUAAUUCAAAAGGUUUUCUUAUAUUACUGGGGAAAGUAUUUAUUUUAAUAUAUAAAAUCACUCUUGAAAAUCACUUUUGUAAAAAAAAAAUGGUGUGCAUGUAAUUUUUUUUUUUUUAUCAAGGAAAAAAAUAAAACCAGGUGAGUGUGGGCCAUGCUUUUAUUUCUCUCAGCACAGUCUACCUCAGUGUCUUGUUAGGAUGAGGUUCAGACACAGGCGUCCAGGCUUUGGAAUUCUGGCUGGAUUGCACUCUGAGUUGGGGGAGCUGUGUACCUGUUGAUUUCUGAAUGCCAGGGACUAGGAGAGGUUUUGAGGGAUGGAGUUGGGGUGAAGUUAGAGCCUUCCUGUGAACCCAGAUUCUUCUCUUCACUGAUAUCCUUCUGAGUCUAACCUCCUUUGUUGAUGCACACUCCUCACACAUAAGCCAGGCUUCAGUCUAUCUCAGUUUAGCCUCUCUGUGAGGCCCCUCACCCAAGGUCUUUGGGUGAGAGGUGAUGAGGCUGUGGACCAGUACCUGCAGCUGUCACAUGAAAACCCCCAGACAUGAAUGCAAAGGCACUCUGUUUCUCUGACCAUUGUUUCUCCUAAUCCUUUUCAGACCUAUGAGGGCUUUGGGUGUUUAUGGUCACCUUCUACACAAAUAGGAUGAAGGCAUUUGCAGCAAGUGCUAAUCUCUUGAACAUAACUUAAGCAAUAAGUAGGAACCCUAUGCUGGGAUUUGGUUGACUCCAAGCUGACACUGUUUGGCCUUGUGCAAUUUUGAGCACUCUGGAAGUCAAGGCAGGGCCAUCAUGGCCCCUGUUUUCAAGUUUCACUGUCCUCUUUUCACUUUGAGAUAUUGUCCUUGGUAAUUCACUCUUCCCCGUCUCCUCUGGAGAGGUGUACCAACUUGGGAUGGCCCUAUCAGAAAGGACUUCACUAAUUCCAUCUUGAUAUCUACUGUUGCUGGGGAGGAAACAAGUAGCCAUAGGGCCAUAGGACUCAUUUUGGCUUCAGAAGAUAGCGUUCUAAGAAAAGAACCUUGGUACUUAGAAUAUCAUGGCUGUCAGGAGAGUUUAUAGUGAUAGAUGAGAGAGAAAAAGCAACAAAACCAGGUUCAUUGAUGCUUUUUGAAUGUUUUGGAAGAUGUCUCAUUAUUUUAAAACUCUUUUUAUGAUCGUGGGGAAAGCUACAGUCAUUUCUUCCAGGAUAGGAGCAGGCAUGUUUUCUGUCUGCUUCAAUGACGGCAAGCACACACCAGGAAGUGUUUAUGCUCUUGGAGCCUUCUGGAUGUUUCCCUUUCGUUUGAAGCUAAUGGGAAGAGCAUUAAUGGUUUCCUGGAUUUAGGCUGAGCACAUUUUGGGAGAAUGUGGAGACUGGUGGCAAGAGCUGCAUAUGGCUAUUGGGGAUGGUGUCACCAACACAAGCACAGGUCACCUUUGUUAUCUUACCAGGACAGAUAGUCUACCAUGCAGAAUCAUUAUCGGGUUAAGUGCUGUAAAUUUAUUUGAAGUCCACCAUAGCGCUGACCAAAGGGCAGUAAGUAUCACUGUGCAAGUCUGGUUCAUACUGGCAAUCUUGGUAAAUGAGUGGCUGUCAUUCUAGCAAUGAUUUUCCUAUUUCAUGACAGGUGGAUAUGUUCAGGAUGCUAGCUGGUGAACAUAGACUCUUCAAAAAUUAUGGUUUUGUUGGACAAGGGGAAAGAAAAAUGCCGAUUUUGUGUAAAUGGUACACAUAGGGUAGAGCCAUUACAGAAAAACCUUUCAGAAUGUUCCUCAGAAUAUGAAUUUACACAAGAGAUGAAGUUGGAGAAUAGGAAUAGCAGAUUAUCACUUGCUGCUUAAACUACACAAAAUAUGGCCUUUUAAGAGGCCAUGACUGAGGCAUAUUUAUUCUUUGGUGGUUCCUAAGAGAUGGAGAUCAGUUAGUAUUUUAGCUUACUUGAUAACAAUCAAGGUCCAGAAUCAGUCUCUGGUCAAAUUUUUAUCUUCAUGUGGGCCAUUAAGAAACACACACACACACACACACACACACACACACACACACACAAAAUAGAACUUGUUAAAAACCAGAUCAUGGACCUGGGACUCUUAUCAUUUGAGAAGGAAGGAAGGGUCCUCAAAUGUAUGUGUGUGUAUGUGUGUCCUUGCACAUGUCCAGGAAUGGCUUGUUUGGUUUUUAUCCUUUGUAUCAAAGUUGCUGCUCCUUGUCCCUUUAUGUGCCUAGGUGGCUACACCCUGAAUGUCGGCAGUGUGGGAUCAAAUGUGCCACACUGCUGUAGAAAACUCAGAAACACAAAACCCACCCCAAACACAGUGAUGUUUCCCUACCAAGGCCAGGUAGCAUCAUGUACAGAAUAUGCCUUUUUUUUUAUGUGAGGGGAGGGACUGAAAUUGUUCUGCAUGUACAAUACAGGCUAAUUACUUGUUUAUAUUAAAAUCUGGAAUAAAUUA